AUGGACAGUGACGUGUCCAUUGAGAUGGCACUACCCAGAGAGCGGCUGUUCCUACAAAAACACCUCUUCCUGGUGGAAGGACACUCAGCCAUAAGUAGGCUAAACUUCAGAGCUUUUCAUGCAUGCGGCGGCUAUAUCAGUACCGGUGAUCGCGACUCCUCCAUUCUCGACGUGGAUGAUCCAGCUCUGAAAGCUGCCAGCAAGCAGUACGACGAGAUCAAGAAGGAGCUGAGAAAGGUCAGGAAGGAGGUGCAAGCUAGCGCCAAAUCACGCACCAAGAAGGAGCUGAGAAAGAUCAAGAAGGGGGUGCAAGCUAGCGCUGAAUUGCGCACCAAAUUGCUAGAUCAACGCAAUGAGGAAGCGGAUGCGGCCGUUCCCGGAACCGUCUCUGCUGGUGACAAGGCCGACAUUUGGCUUCGACGAGAGAUCACCUCCGCUUUCGAAGGCAUGUAUCCACCAGGCAUGGACAUCAUCGACGGCUACCUUUACGAUCUGAGAAAGUACGAGAGCUCAGAGUCUUUCGAGCAAUCGCUGAGCAUGAGCGAUUUGCUCUUGGUCUCAACUGCUCAGACCAACGUCUCGAUUGAGAGCUCGGCAGAUUUCAAGAGCGUAGCGCAUGACGACACGCAGGUACAACUGGGCAGGAGCAUCAAAUCGCUCCCCACUCGUCCCAGCGUUCGCAUGCUGGAUAACGUGCUUCUUUUGCCCCCCUUUAGCCACGGAACAAAGCGUUUCUCGGAUAACGAGGAAGACUCUGGUGCCAAGCGUCUGCGCCCGACGGUAGCACUCAAGAAGGUGCAGAGAGAGGUCCCAAUGUGGAUUUGCAUGCGUCGUCUCCGUCGCCAUCAAGAGGACAUAGAGCGACGCAUGAAGCUCAAGCGUCGCGCGGACAAAGACGUGCCCCUCAAGCGCAGCAAGACGAAGCGUUGUUGCCUUGCUGGCAACAUCCUUGUGUCUCAGGACACCCUAUUCCAGCUCUUGGUACCAAGAGCUGCGUCCAGCACAAGCCCUCCAAACUCGCCGAUUCUUAGCAGCUACAUCAGGACAGAGACGCGCGUCCGUAGGGACAGCUUUUUGACCAACAUGGCAAUGGGCCAGAUUGCUCAGGGAGCCCCAAUCAUCAAGCGCGGCAAGCUCGAGCGUCUAGUUGGCUGCACCGUUGCGUCCCUUGAGACCAUGUCCAUCGCGUAG